AACAGUAGGUCUGUGCCACCAAAAGGGAGUGAAAAAAAAAAACAAUUUAUCUAAACACAACAAAACUACACCAACCUUUGUAUUAAUUCUAUCAUAUUUUUUAUAAAAAUAUAAUAAUCCAUCACUAUUAUGGUAAAAUGACGCACUGCUGUAUCAAGUAUUGUGACACUGACGAAAAUGUCGUCAAUUGCACCUCUGUUUUCUUCGUUAGUUUUCCAUCGGACAUAAUUCUUCGACUGGAGUGGCUAAAUGUCCUCAAUCAAAACGAUGCCUUACUUCUCGAUGUAGAGGUAACCGUGGCUACUAGGAUUUGCAGUUGUCAUUUUUCAGAAGAUGCAUUCGGGAAGCACCCAGUUCAUGGCUAUCGAUUUCUGCUUCCGACUGCCGUUCCGUCGAUAUUCCCGGUUCCAGAAGAAACAGAGCCCCAUGUCACGGAAGACUCGAAUCCCGAACCGAGCCCCUUGCUGCAUGAUUUUGCAGAUGCCAGUGAUCUGGUGGAUGAUGAAAGCAAUUUGAUUCAACCUUCUGAAAUCAUCUUUCCGAACGAUGUGACCUCUGAUGUGUCGGAAUUCCUUCCUGUUCCGACCAAUAUCAUGUUGAACGCUUCGAGUAGCAAUGAGUUGCAUAAACCACCGAAAGCCAUAGGAAUAGAAUAUGCUGAUGGGAAGUAUUACUUCCUCCAGUCGGAAGACGAAUCGGAAGAUGAGCUAAUAGAGCAGGUCAGCAGUUUGGAUGGAGAAUCGGUGAAGCUUCCAGUGAAGGAUGAAAUUGACCAGGAAGGUGUCAUUUCAACGCUGGAAGACGCGGAUACCGAAGAGGUCCUGCUAUCAUCUGAGAAUCAGUUCGAAAUGGUGAUCUCCGGUGAAUUUGAUCUGAAGGAGGAAUUGGAUCCAGAGCUGCAGCAUGAAGAAGAUUGCGAUGCAUUGUUUGUAGAAGAGGCCCCAACGGAACUGGGAACGGACAGUUUGAUUGAAGAGGCCAGUGUGAUAACCACUUCGGAAGCAGCUGAAGUCGCUGGCCCGGAAAGUUUGCUGGACGUUGUGGAAGAUGAAAGCUGCCAACAAAUGCUUGAUGAAGUGGAUGACGAUUCGCUUAUUGAAAAGGAUAGCGGAACCAUUUACGGAUCAGUCGAAGUACUUGACGAAAAUUUCCCUACUAUCUCGAAGGAGAAACGAGUUGACAAACAUUUUUGUACGUACUGUAACAAAGGAUUUCAAUACGAAAGUGCUCUCAAAAAACAUUUGUUAGUUCACACCGGACUGAAGCCCCAUGUUUGUGAAGAUUGUGGAAAAAGCUUUUCCCAAAAAAUCAAUCUUUCGAUACAUCGGCGGAUGCACACGGGAGAAAUGCCGGUGAAAAAGUAUAGUUGUUCCGUUUGCGACAAAAAGUGCAUCCGAUUGAGCGAGUUAAAAAUUCACCUUAAAACCCAUUGGAAGAAACUACCCCAUGCAUGUACGCUUUGCACGGAACGUUUUGCCGAAAUUACCAACUAUUAUGAACACAUCAAAUCGCAGCACAAAACUGAAAUAUCCCUCCAGGAGUACAUCGAUAUGAUAGCCCAGAAUGAAAACGCUGAGCUGAUAGUGCAAGGCGAUGAGGAAACGAUAACCGUCGACGAUGGGCUGUAUCGCUGUAUGGUGUGUCUUAAAACGUUCAAAACUGAAAAGCUGUUGAAAAAGCACAAACGAAAGCUUCAUCCCAAGGUAUUUGUCUGUGCCAGUUGCCCGAAGCAGUUUCUCUACAAAAGUUUGCUGGAUAAACAUGCUCGCGUUCAUACUCAGGAAAAACCUUUCAAAUGCCCACAGUGUAAUACUUCCUUUUCUCAAAAAGUCAAUUUAGAGGUGCACCUCGGCAAGAAACACAACAUUCAUGUGCGGAGUGUGCAGCCCAAAAUGUUUAUCUGUGAAUAUUGCCAAAAAUCCUUCGACCGGCCAUCCACGUUACAAAUUCACAUUCGGACGCAUACCAAGGAACGACCGUUCGCUUGUAUGGAAUGUACAAAAUCGUUCACGUCGAACAGUGCACUGGCAAUGCAUAUCAAAACCAACCAUCGGGGAGAAUCAAUCCUGCUGCAAUCGAUUCAACGACAUUCAGCCAUAAACGCAGAGAGUAUUAUCCUGGAGGAACAAAGCACUAUGUCUGAGAUAAUUGAAGAUGUAGAGGACGAUGAUGUCAAAUUCAUACAAUAUUCGAUAGAGUUUGUGAAUUCCGAUGAAAGAAGGGAGCUUCUGUAAAAGAAAGUAUGUGUGUACAUAUACGCUUAUGAAUAUUUGUAAAAACAUAGAGCAACAGGUACCUUUUUAAACACA